AUGUUUGGUGAUGGUACCCAUUACAAGCUGGAAAAUACCCUCAAGAGAGCAGUCACCCAUUACACCAAAUUAAUCGAUGCCAAUUACCACAAGCUUAACUUCACAAUCGCUUAUUCUAUCUCCCAAGGAAUCACUGUCGAUUGCUCUGCAAUAACGCGUAAAUUUAAAUCUGAUUGGAAUCUAAAUCCUUCCAACUACGUGCCACCACUUUAUACUGUUGUUCAUCAACAUGCAGCUACUUUGAAAAUGGUAGAUUCAAAUUCAAUCUUUACUCGAUUUAAUUUAAUAUGGAAUCAGAUACAUAGACAAACAAUCUUAAGCUCUAGAUUCCCAGUUUUUAUAGAAAUUUUAGAUAUAUUCGAUAACUAUACAAGACAUCUCACUUGUCAUCAAUAUUCGAAAACACAUAAUAUUUGUACUUAA